AUGGAGAUACCUCCAGUGGAGCGAUUUCAAUUUCCUGACGAAUCGACGUCUGACCUAGGCGCAAACUGGGAAAAAUGGAAGCGUAGUUUUCAGUACUACCUUGACGGACGAGGCAUCCACCAGGACGCUCGGAAGAGAGCACUCCUGCUGCAUUCCGCUGGACCGCGAGUCCAAACGAUCUUUGAGACUCUAGAUGACACGGGGAAUACCUAUGCAUCUGCCAUCCAGUCACUCGAUACCUAUUUCCAACCGCUAGUCAACAAAUACUAUGAACGUUACCGAUUUAGACAAAUACGGCAACAACAGGGAGAGGCGAUUGAUCGAUUUGUGAGUCGUCUCCGACAGCAGGCCGCCAAGUGCAGCUUUGCAGAUUCGGAUGAGAACAUUCUGGAUCAACUGAUAGAGAAGUGUGAUGGUUCAAGAGUCCGCUCAAAACUGCUUGAGGAAGGUAAUGACCUGACUCUGGAAAAGGCAAUAUCCCUAGCACGUAUGCUAGAAUCAGUAGCCGCGCAAGAGAGAGACAUUUCGAGUCAACAAGAUGCAGGACCCUCCACUGAGAGAACCCUUCGAGUAGAAUCUACAUGGAAGGACAGGCAAGCCAAAAGUAAGGGCAAACCACAAGCGAAAAAGCCACAACACGCGAAGCAGUGCUCACGAUGUGGACUAGAAGGCCACGGCCCAACAGACGCAAAAUGUCCAGCAAAGAAAGUAGAAUGCAACAAGUGUCAUAAGCAAGGACAUUAUGCUCGUAUGUGCAAGACGAAGAGCAACGGCUCGAAGACUGGUAAAGUCCUCAUGACAGAAGAGAGUCAAUGUAAACAAGGAGAAUGCUUGAGUAAGUCUGAUUCAGAGUAUGUGUUCGCUGUAAAUCACGAACAUGCUACAGCUGUUAUUCGAAUUGGUGGAGUUGAUACACAAGUUGUCAUAGACAGUGGAGCCUGUAGUAAUAUUAUGUCACAACAAGAGUUCACACGGUUGAAACACAAAGGGAUGAAAUACAAAUCAUGCAAAGUGAAGAAAACCCUCUACACGUAUGGUUCAACCAGACCCUUGUCUGUAGUUGGGGGAUUUGACACAGAAGUAGCGUCAGAAGGCAAACAAAUGACAACCCAAUUUAUUGUUGUACGCUGUUCAGGACCAACAUUACUGGGACGUCAGACUGCACCAGAGCUGCAUCUCCUAACGUUAGGAUCUGUUCGAGAAGACAACACGAUUGGUCGAAAAGAACUAAUACAGGAGUACAGUGAUUGUUUCUCAGGAUUAGGGAAGUUGAAAGACUUCCAAUUGAAGAUACAUAUUGACGAGUCUGUGACCCCCGUAGCUCAGCAACCUAGACGGAUCCCAUUUGGCUUGAGAGACAAGGUUGAAGCAGAGUUAAAUCAUCUUCUGGAAGCAGACGUCAUCGAGGAAGUUCAAGGACCGACAUCUUGGAUCAGUCCCGUCGUGGUGAUACCCAAGAAGGGAGGCCAAGUUCGAAUUUGCGUAGAUAUGAGACGAGCCAAUGAAGCCGUCAUCCGGGAGAGACACCCAAUACCCACAGUCGAUGAAGUAGUGGAAGAGCUCAGGCACAGCAAACACUUCAGUCGACUAGAUCUUAAGAAGGGGUUUCAUCAGAUCGAACUGGAUGAAACAUCACGACCAAUAACUACCUUCGUCACCCACAAAGGAUUAUUUCGAUACAAGAGAUUGAUGUUCGGAGUAUCAUCCGCCCCAGAGGCAUACCAACGUAUCAUCCAGCAGACACUGUCAGGCUGUGAGGGAACCACAAAUAUCUCCGAUGAUAUCUUGGUCCAUGGAGUUAGCAAAGCCGAACAUGACCUGAGACUACGAGCUGUCCUAGAUCGGAUCAGGGACAGAGGAUUGACGCUCAAUGCCGAAAAGUGUGACUUUGAUAUGGAUAAACUCAAGUUUAUGGGACAUGUGAUAUCCAAAGAGGGUAUAUCACCGGCAGACGAUAAAGUAGCAUCUAUCAUGGCAACCCGAGACCCUAAGACAGCAACGGAAGUACGAUCUUUCCUCGGCAUAGUAAAUUUUUGUGCCAAGUUCAUACCAGACUUAGCAACAAUUGCAGACCCUCUUCGGAAGUGUGCGAGAGCCAACCAGUCUUUCGUGUGGACAAAGACUGAAGCAGAAGCAUUCGCAACUAUUAAGAAUAGAUUACGCGAUGCCACCGCUCUUGCUGUGUUUGACAGAACAGCACACACCAGUGUCGUAGCUGAUGCAAGUCCUGUAGGACUAGGAGCUGUUCUCUGGCAGGAACAAGAUGGAAUGAAGAAGCCUAUCAGUUAUGCGAGUAGAAGUCUGACUGAUGUAGAGCGCAGAUACUCUCAAACAGAGAAGGAAGCGCUAGGCCUAGUCUGGGCAUGUGAAAGAUUUAAUCUGUAUCUGGCAGGUCGGAAAUUUGAUCUCAUUACAGAUCACAGACCACUUCAAUCUAUUUAUGGACCUCGAAGCAAACCUUCGGCGAGGAUCGAACGUUGGGUUCUUAGACUCCAACCCUACGAUUUCAACGUGAUCUACACGCCAGGAAAGUACAAUAUUGCUGACCCCUUGUCACGAUUGUCAUUGCGUGAUCAAGGUGGAGAGAAUGACGAAUACAUCAAGUUUGUGGCAAGAGAAGCCGCACCUUCGUCGAUUUCACCGAGACAAAUUGAAGAAGCGUCCAAAGAAGACAGUGAGUUACAGUCACUACGAAGGAGUAUCCGAGAAGGAAACCAAGCAAAUGUACCGGCAAAUUACAAGCAUGUAUUUGGCGAAUUGACCAUUGUUGGUUAUAUCGUUCUUCGAAACUGUAGAAUAGUGAUUCCAACUAAACUUCGGAACCAAGUGUUACAAUUAGCACAUGAGGGGCACCAAGGGAUUACAAAGUGCAAAGAUCGACUACGAACCAAAGUAUGGUGGCCAGGCGUCGACCGCGAAAUGGAACGCAUGUGCAGAACAUGCCACGCCUGUCAAAUUACCCAAUUGCCAUCCCACCCACCUCCCAUGAAAAGGACACAGCUCCCAACAGGCCCAUGGAUAACGAUUGCUGCUGACAUACUUGGUCCCUUACCGACUGGUGAAUAUCUUUUAGUAGUAGUGGAUUACUACAGCCGAUAUUUCGAAGCUAAAGACCACGUUCUCUAG